AUGGCGCCUUCGGCCAAAAGGCGAAAACUGACCGCCUCGCACCCCAACGCUGUACAGGAGAUCCUCUUCGAUCCCCAGGCGCGGGCGGAGUUUCUGACAGGUUUCCAUAAACGCAAGCUCGAGCGCGCUAAGCAGGCGCAGGAGAAUGCGGAGAAGAGAGCAAAGGAGGAGAAGAAGGAACAGAGGCGGCGGAUGCGAGACGAGCGCCGUGCGGAAUUCGAACGGGCCCUUGCGGAGAACAAAUCGUUGAUGCGGGAGAUAAGUCGGGCUGCCGCUGCGGAGAGUAGUUCCGACGAAGGUGGGGAGAGUAAUGAUAAUAUUAUUAUUGAUGAGGAGUGGGGGGGAAUAACCGAGCCGCCACCAGUGGAUUAUGAAGCGGAAUAUAUCGACGAGGAUAAAUAUACGACGGUGACGGUGGAGGAGUUGGAUGCUUCUUCCCGGGAAGGGUUGAGGAGAAGAGUUGAUAUGGAGAGUAGUGACGAAGGAGAAAGUGGCGAUGAUGGGGAGACGAGGAAUGAGGUAGAGGAGGGAGGGCGGGAGGAUGGUGGGGAUACAUCGAGGGUGAAGAAACGAGCAUGGACCAAGAACAAGAGCAAGAACACGAACAUAAGCGGUGAUGGUGAUAAGAAUAAUAUAUCAGAUCGGCCGAAAAGUAAUUCGAAGAAGAAGAAGCGGAGUUUCCGAUACGAGAAUAAAGCGGAGCGGAGGGUAGCGAAGCUGAAGGAGCGGGCUGGUGGGAAGAAGCGGGCGAGGGAGAGGAAAGCGGGGGCAUAA